AACAAGUGCCGUUCAUUACUUGACUUGCCACCCUAAGAUCCCCUGAUCUUCUCUUAUUGUUUCUUCAAGGCCCUCCUGACCAUUAAACAAUGUGGGGAACAAUGAUGAAUCAUCGCUGCCAUCUUGCGUACCAUUCUUAAAAGCAUCUUCAAGUUCUGCACUUGGAUACACAAAUUUUCUUCCACGGGUCCAGGAAUACGGCUUUGACAAUGAUAUAGCAUCUUUGAAUUUUGGUCGUUCGAUAUGGUUGUUUUAUUAUCCGGUCUUCUCCCAAAUCUAAAGUUAGAGACGUCUGUGUUAUCUAUCAAGUUGUUUUUAUUUAUUUGUCAUAUUUGUGCUAUAUUUAACUAAUGACUUGAAGGAAGAAUAACCUCAAGUUUAUGUUUGGUUUAUUAUUGCUUACAUUUUAACAUCCUUAACACAUGUUGGAUGGUGUAUAUCAUCCCUGUACAUGUACAUGUUACAUAUAACAUCUGGCUAUCAAUUGCAGCACACGAGUUUCAAAUGAAUUAGGGGCUACAUGACUUGCAGCUGCCCGUUUGGCUGUCAGUGUGGUGGUUGUAAUCGUGAUUUCGGAGAGCUUGAUAGUUGGUAGCUUUUUUUAUUUGUAAAGACUAUCGUAUUUUAUAUUAUGUGUUUUUAAAUUUCUAAUGACGAUUUUCUUUUCAUUAUUGUGUCGUACUUUUAUUAUGUGAUGAACAUAAGAACCUUACCCGAUCCGAACUGUCGAACCGACCCGAAAUUUUUUAUAUUUAGUCAUAUGAAAUUGGAGUAUCUAAAAAAGUGAACCCAGUGGAAAAAAUUCCUGGAUCCGCCACUGCGUGUCAUAUCCCUAAAAUUAAAUAUUAUGACUCAAUAUACAAAACAAAACACCAUUACUAUUACAAUGUCAUAAAAGAGGAAAAAAAAUAAAUCAUGGGUGCUAUGAUGUUUGUCAUUUUCUCAGUAAACGAGUCUGGUGGGUGCAUUUAGCUUUUCAUUCGUAAAUGUUUGUCUUCACCCCACAAAAUUAUCACCAAUCCACCUCCAUCACCAUCCAACAACCAAUCCCCACAUGGGCUGUGCGGCGUCCUUUCGAAAAUCCACCUCCGCCAACCAAGACGACGACGUAAUGGUGUCGGUCUGUCGGGACCGGAAACGGUUAAUCAAAUCCGCCGUAGACCGCCGGUACGCACUCGCCGGAGCACACUGUAAGUACAACCAGUCACUCUACGCCGUCGCAUUGGCCCUACGGUUGUUUGUUUCCCGCCAUUCCGGUUGUUCUACUUCACGGUUUUUACUCACGUUCCCUGCCACCUCACCUGAUGUUACGGUGCACCGUCACCACACAGGAUCCAAACCCCUUGGACAAGAAGAUGAAGAGACUGAGGAGGAUUCCGACGGUGAAGUUUGCGAGCAUUUCUAUGAUGAUGGUGGUGAUAAUAAUAAUAAUAAGGUGGGGCCCACGGUAGAUGUAGUGACGUCACGUGAUCAGCAAAAUCAAGAAAAUGAGAAUGAAUUUGGUGUGUGGGAUUUUUUUAAUUAUCCGUUUGAUAGUCUUGGGGUCAAUAAUGGUGGUGGGUGUGAGGGUGGACGGAAGGUGACGGAGGAGGAGGACGGUGGUGGGAAGGUGGCGGUGACGGGGGGUGAUGGUAAAGUGACGGAGGGGGUGUCACCGACAAAUGAUGAGAGGGAACUAUUGGAGGCACUGAAAGAUGUGGAGGAUUAUUUUCUAAAAGCUUAUGAUUGUGGUGUGGAAUUCUCUAAAAUGCUUGAAUUCAACCAUGUGGGUCCUCUUGAUACAAAAGCAGAAAGCUCCGAGAAGUAUAUUCCGGCAAUAACGUGGCAUAAAUCAACGAUAACGCGGUCACCGUCGUGUAGAAGCCUCCUCUCUAGCAGCUCUCGGACUUCAUCCACCAUGACUGGAAUCAAUGUCAACGGUGAUCUGUUUGAUGAGACUGGAGGGAUGGAGUCCGGCAGCCAUUUAUCCACAUUAGGAAGGUUAUACGCUUGGGAAAAGAAGCUCUAUGAUGAAGUCAAGGCUGGUAAUGAAAUGAAAAAGAUAUAUGAACGGAAAUCCUCACAAUUAAGCUCCGAGAAAGCUAGAAACAAGCAAGAACUUGAAGAUCAAGUCAACGAUAUAUACUCAAGAAUACUGGUCAACCUAAAGAUCUGUGAUUCCAUCUCUAAACGAAUCGAGAAGGUGCGAGACGACGAGCUUCUGCCACAGAUCGUCGAGUUGCUACGUGGGCUAACAAAAUCUUGGAAAGCAAUGAUGGAAUCACAUAAAGCGCAAAGUCGAAUAAUGUUCGAGGUUAAAUCAUUCCCGUGUGCGGAUCCUACUAACGACAAGUCUCGACAUCUUGCGACUCUUCAACUCGAGGCGGAAAUCCAAAACUGGCAAGUGUGUUUUUCGGGUUACAUUUCCUCCUUGGAAGCAUAUGUAGAAGCUUUGACGCAUUGGGCGUACAGAACAACAGCCGGGGACUCGGAUGUCAACACUACGUCACUUGUUUUCGCCAUUUGUCGUGAUUGGUCAACCGUUAUAAAGAAUUUGCCUGAUCAAGCUGUGACAUUUGCCAUGAAACGGUUCGCCAAAGAUCUGAGAACCCUGUGGGCCCACCAAGAAACCGAGCAUCAACAAAAGCGGAAGGUUGACCGGCUAGUUGCUGAGUCAGCGAAACGAGUGGCUGGUUUGGAGAGGGAAGAGAGGAAUGUAGUCAAUUAUAAGUCAAUGAAUGUGAAAAACAAAGUGGAUGUUUUGGUUGAGAAAAAGGCUCAAUUGGAUGUUUUUACAAAGAUGGUUGAAAUCGAAAAGGCGAAACACAAAGCUUGUGUUGAAGAAACACGUCGAAUCGUGUUGGUGGGAUUUCAAACCGGGUUUUCUUCGGUUUUCGAUUCGUUAACGGAGUUUUCUAAGGUUUGCGUGAGGAAGUACAACGACGUUGCGCAAAACGCGACAUUGGAACCUAAUCUGGUUCGAGGAAUUUGAGGUUGUUUGUAGAACAUGUCGAUUGUUGCUCGGAUGUAUCCUGGGAUAAAAAUAAUAUGCAGGAUUCUAUUUACAGAUUUGAUGGGCUCGACCCCUCAAACUCUGCACAUGCGGAAGCCUUGUGCACGGGGUUUGCCCUUUUUAUUUACAGAUGCCUAAAUUCGAUAUGUUAUUAGUGACCAAACAAUAUAUGUCAUCAAUCCUACAUGAAAGUGUUCUAAUUUAUGAAA